AUGAAUAGAACCUACACUAUAUAACGCGCGCCUUUCAACUUCUAUUUUUCGGAAAGAAUCUUCAUCAUGGUUUUCACUCAGGCCUUUCUUCUUGUCAUUGUGGCUUAUUCAGUUGAUGCCCUGAAAUGGAGUAACUGUGGUAAGCUAAAUAAUAUUUUUUUUACAUAUUAUAGUCACUUUUAAUUUCUUUCUUACUCAUUAAUCGAUCCUUCAAGAGUUCACGGAUUUCAUUUCCUGUUAUUUUAGUGUGAAUUUGUAUUUCAUAUUUAGUUUAAACUUGUACUGUUGCUUGUUUAUACCCUAACCCUAACCUUACCAAACACGAUUAGCUUAUUAAUUCCGCCAAUUUAUAGGAAAUUUACGUUUCAAGCUGUUUAUUUCAUGAAACGGUAUUACUCGAAUUUCAAAAAUAUGCAUCGCGUUAACUUUCCUCGGCUAACGUUAAUUUUCGCGCGAUUAAUUAAGUGAAGCGUUUAAUAUUAUAGUUGCCCUAAAUUCUCGAUACAAUUUGACAUUCUUACACGCCUAAGCCGAUCAGAACCUAAGAAGCAGGAGUAUUUAUCGGGUAGGUGAUUCACCAGUAUUGAAACUGUGAAGAACCCUAGCAUUGGGCAGAUUUCUUUGCUUGACCCCUUUCGUUCGUUUAGGGAAAGUACCGACCACAAACAAAGUUUCCAUUUCAGUAUCAGUAUAUACGUUUAAAUUUUUUCCUGUUGUCUCAACUGCAAGUUUUGUUUUUUGUGAACAUAGCGUUAUUUUUUAAUUGGAAAGUCGUUUUCCAUUUAAUUCGAUUCUUAAAUUUCAGUGAAACACUCCAAUUCCGUCAUGGGUGUCGUCAUGGAACGUUAAUUUCCUAUAAUAAGGUACUUCCUCAUUCCGCGAGGGUUAAUCAUAGCAAGAAUUUUACCAACGAUUUUCAACAUUUCUUUGCAAUUGUUUCUAGUUCAGUGCAGACUUAAUUUUCUUGUUUCCACUUUCGAAAAUGUUCCUCAAAACUGACCAACAAAAAAACUUCGAUCAAUUAAUGUUCGUCUCCACCUUACCACAUUUCAUCUGUUUGUAUCUUGAAGACAGGGCCCUUAUGUCUGUUUUUUCAUCGCAUGAAACAUUUAUUAUGAUAUGGACCACCUAUAUCAUGAUCCAAAGGUCCUCACAAACAACCAGGGUAACCAAAAAGCUUACUAGAAAUGGAUAUUAUGCGAAACCUUACCAACCCAUCGCUUAUUUGCCCAAACGUUAAUUUGUUUCCGGUUUUGUUUGAACAGAUGGUAGCUCUCCUGUACAAAUAAAGGACAUCAGCCUCUCUCCACACCCUGUGAUCCUUCAAAAGGGGGCAAAAGUAACAUUCAGUGGAAUGUUCAAGGUACAGAGUGCUGUUGGAAUGAACUAUAAAAUCGACGUUAAGUUGAAGAGAAAGGGCUGGUGGGGGACAUGGAUUCCAAUCCCUUGCUUCGGAAAGUGGUAGGUAAAUUAAAAAUCGAUCAGUUACAAAAUAACAACAGCAACAACAACAACAAAAAAAACAGAGAGAGAGAGAAAGCGCUUUGGUUAUAUUUUCACACCGAAUAAGAGAUGGAAUAGAAAAAUUGUAACUUGUAUAUGUUAAUUCAGAGUCAUUUUUGGAAGCAGAGGUGGUGCAGUGGUUUUGACUGAGCAGUUGCCUCCCAACGAAUGGACUCCUAUUCAAAUCCCGCGGUCGACGCCAUAUGUGGGUUGAUUGUUGGUUCUCUCCCUUGUUCCGAAAGUUUUUUUUUAUUAUUAUUCUAAAAAAUCAACACUUUCACCUACUGCCGUUCGAUCUUGAUCAUGAACGCGCGGACACGAUUUAAUCCCACGUCAGGAAAGCAGAUUCCGAAAUCAGGGAAAUUUUUGUGUCUGGAAUCCGUAAUCCGGAAAACUUUGCUUGUGGAAUCAGAAAUCCUGGGCUUUGGAAUCCCAAAUACAACUCAAGGAAUCAGGAAUCCCACUAUAGAUUGGAAUCCAGAAUCCAAGCUCCACUGAAAAAAAUCCGGAAUCCAAGGCGUGAUUCCCUUACAUGCUGGUCGAACUAUUAAACUCGAGUUCUUAAGAACUCCAUAGUGCUUCAUGGGUAAAAAAAAAACCUACAAUUUUUCUCGAUUGCUACAUUUUAAACUCCCUAAAUUGAUGAUUCACAGAAGGGGUCAGCCAUUAAUGGAUUUGUGGAGAAAAAUAUAUUUAAAACAUUUUCCUUUAAAAUUGUUACAAAUUUUCCUGUGAGUAACAAAAACGGCGUGCUUUUCUUUACAGUACUCAUGACAUUGGAUGCAAUCAAUUAAUCGCCUUGUUAGAAGGAGAAAGAUGCCCUCUUCGGUCGCCAAAAGAGUACACCGUGAGAAGACAGGAGCACGUUUUGCCGGACGUCAAUCUUCCUUCAUUUUUGACUAGUGUAAGUAUCUAUACAAUGAAUACACACCUUACAUCACUCCCUCAGCGGGAUGAUGUUAGAGAGCUUUAGAUUGGAGGACGAGGACGGCAUUUAAUUUUAAGUUUUCUCACACUUCGGAAAGCAUCAUUGUAAUUUUUUUCUCUACAAAAGUUAGCUAGCUUAUUUCCUUUGGCUAAAUGAUAAAAUUCCUAACAUUUGAUAACUCGUUUUCGCCACUACGACGUAGAAUGACGAUGGCUAUCACGUUCACAUUUUUCCGCCAAAAUGACGUUGGUUCGCACGCUCGCGCUACUCAGUAUUGGGAAAAUGUCGUUCUCGCAGUCGUCCUAGUCUUAGAAUCAUAAGAUCUCUAUUAAAACGGGGAACAGAAAAAUGAAAAAACAAAAACAAAAGCAAAAAAAAAAAAGGUAACAGAAGCUAAGUUGAGCCCUAGCCCUAUCAAUAACUGCAUGUCCAAUUCUCUGCUUUGUUCUAGUUUUUAAUUUUCUCGUUUCGCGGUACCUGUUUGCUUUAAAUCAGAUACGAGUUUGUUGAUAUAAAUAGACAUAGAAUAAAUGUACAUAACAAGAUAUAUAUAAAAAAUAUUUUUCUACAUACAGGCUUCAACAUUUUAUGUCCGUUAUGAGUGUAAGAGGUUACUACUCCAGUAAGAGGAUAUGUGUUUGACGUAUGACACAUUUGACUUCGGCCCUCAGACACCUUAUUUGCUAUCCUUUUGUGUUACGUAUUUCAGGGCACGUACAAGGUUCAGGCAGAUCUGAGAGAUAAAGCAAGCAACAAGCGGAUUUCUUGUGUAGAAGCCGUCGUGACAAUAACGAGCUGAAGAAUGCCUUUGUUGCUAACGAAAAAAAGGAAAUUAAAG